UAUCGGACGAUGGAGAGUUCCUUGAUUCUUUUGGAUCAUUUUACUAACUGCAACGUGUUUUAGGCCUUCAAGUUUUUCUAUAGCUAAGUUUUAUAUAAAGUUUUGGCGUCCCUCCAAAUCGAUGUUCUCUUGCGUUCAUUUUGCUAAUGAUGAGUAAAACUUUCCAUGCUAAUCAUGAAUUUUUUUUGAUUAUUCAAAAGUGUUCGUAACGAACCUCUCUGAAGCUCUUGAAACAAGUGAAGAUUCGAACUUUUCCCUUUGUUUUCUUGUAUAGAAAUGAAUCUUUUCUUUACACCAGCACGUAUAGAUCGGGCUUCGGACCAACCAGCCUCCGGUGUAGAUAGUAACCAGCCCACUCAAGCGUUGCAGAAGCCAUGUACAAAUGUCGAAGAAAUGAAAGUGCACACUCCAUCGAGCUGAGGCUCCGCGUGAAGGAGGCGAAGCUCCAAGAUCUACAGAGGCAAACUCAACAGUUGGAAGAUGAAGUGCUACUAUUACAAGGAGAGGACAGCUACAAAGAUGCGCAGGAGCUUGUGACGAGACACAUCGGGCAGUUGCACCGAUACAACGAGCUCCGGGACAUAGCCAUGUCUCUGAUGACAAUGAUCGCAGACCAACGACAGACCAGUCUGAGCAAGGUGGCGGAUGAGAUUGGCGCUGACGUUCCCGAGGAUGGGCCAAGAUCCCACGGAUCAGUGACGGCGCACAAGUGUUAACUCCAUCUUGCUAUCACCGUUGUACAGCUCAUCGCUGUACGGUAUCUCAGCUAUUAUUACACACAAAAUGGUCAUACCCACUGAUCCAUUGUAGAUAAUACACAUCUCAACACCACCUCCAGGGGUUUACAGCCAUUAUUAUAAGUACUGUUAUUACUACCCGCUAAUAUUAUUC